AUAUGUUAAAGCCCUUUUUUAAUAUAGAUUGGUCCCACUGGCCGCCGGCCAAAUAAAAAUAAAAGAAAAUGUCUUCGACUUUAAUAAAAUGUUUAAAUUUUGUGAAAAAUGUGAGAACAACAGCAUUUCGAGGCUUAGUUUCCACAACUCAAACGCCAGCGAUGGCAUGGAGCGCCUCGGCUACGCUUCAACCCUGCAUGAGGGAAAUACAUUCUAGCUUUGUGCGUCCAGUUUUGAUGCAAUUUUUCGAUGAACCCAAGCAUUGGAACGAGAAUGAGGUCAAAGUGGGUAGAGCCUGGCGGUUGGAUGAACUGCGCAUCAAGUCAAAUAAAGAGCUGCAUCAGCUUUGGUUUAUACUGCUCAAGGAACGCAAUAUGCUGAUGACCAUGGAGCACGAGUGCAAUGAUAAAAUGGAAAUCUUUCCAAGUCCAGAGCGCAUUGAUAAGGUGAAAAUCUCUAUGGAGAAUUUGGAGACGGUGGUAAGAGAGCGAAACAAGGCUUAUCAUUUGCUGGAAACGGGGGAAACCGGAGAACGUCCUCGUCGAGAGGUUACCAAUGCCUUUGGCCUACGUGGUUAUUACAAAUCCUGUGAGCACGUUCUGCCCGCCUUCAUGAAUACCAAAUGGAUUAAAUCACGGCAAUUGACCCAUGGCGGACGAGCAGUACACAAAUUCCUACUUAAAUAUCGUGAAAAACUUUACAAUGCCAAACGCAAGUCUAAAAAUCGGUCUCGCAAUGAAGUUAUGAUGAUAUUGCGUCGGAAUCCCAACUUUGACUUGUCUGUUUUGCGUCGCCAGUUCCCCGAUGUAGAUGUGGAUAAACUGGUUAAUGAGGACAAAACACGUGGACAUUAUGUGCCCAAAGUAGACGUUUAAGAACCUAAAAAAGUCAAUGGAAAUAAAACCAAUUUGUUUGUUAA